UCCGUCUGGGUUGUUUUCUGUGUCUGCCUUCUAGCUGUCUUCCGUAUGUGUGGUGUUUUACUAAAUGCAUUCUCCGUUCGUCGGACAGUCUUCCUGACGUAUGUGAAACUUAAUUGAUCUCCAAUGUGCUCUACACGAAGAGGGCGUCACUGGUGUGAAUAGCUGCGGCACUGUGCACGGGGAAGCAAGUGUUGUGUUAUGAAACCUUCGGACGGAAGGAUGUUCAUCCUUCAGAUAGUAUACAGUGAGUUACCCACUCUGCGGUCGUCGCUGCCUUGAAGUCACUAGCGGAGAAACGUUGGGAAAUCACGCCAUGAGAUCCCAAGGUGUGGAGUGUACCCCAGUGGUGAGCAUGUGGACGGUAGUACAAGUGGGUGUGGACCCCCCUGCCCAAGACGAGGGCGCGGAGCCUCACACCCCGGAACACCGAGCGCCCAGUUCCAGGUCGAAACAUGCGAUGUGCGUGGCUCAAGACGGGUUCUUCUACCUCUUGGGCGGGAGGUCGGCCAACUUGCCCCUCAAGGACCUGUGGAGGUUCGAUCCAGUGUCCAACCGGUGGGAAGAAGUUCGAAGCAAAGGCUGCAAACCACCCUGUCUUCAGGAACACACCAUCGUGUCUUGGAAGAGUAAGCUCUAUGUAUUUGGAGGCGAAAUUGGAUUCGCUUCAACGGGGGAAACGCCGUUGUGGAUAUUCGAUUUAGCAACCAGUGUGUGGCGCAAGCAGUCUUCGCGCUGUGGUAUCGGGUCUGGAGGCGACGGCAGCUCCCCAAGCGGUCGCAGAGGUCACUCCAGCGUCGUCUACAACGGUGCCAUGCAUCUCUAUGGAGGGUACCAGGACCUGAGAGGAUCUUCCUCCGAACUGUGGAGGUUCCAUUUUGAUACGGAACAGUGGGAGCUGGUGUGCCAAGCAGAAGAAAUCCCCCCUGCGAGACACAAUCAUUCGUGUGUUGUGUACGAGGGUGCCAUGUGGGUGUACGGUGGCAUGACGGACCUCCAGGAGAGAGCUGACUUCUGGAGAUACCACUUUGCUACUAACCAGUGGCAUCGUGUCAAGUGCCAAAAAGGAGGACCCCUGGAGUUGCACAGCCACGCUGCUGUUCAGGCGCAAGGUUCUAUGUACUUCUUUGGGGGCGAGAGAGGAGGAAGCGCCAACAACGAACUCUGGAGGUACCACUUCGCUACGGAGACCUGGGAACGUAUCCAUACUGAGGGCGCCCUGCCGAACCCACGUUGCCGCCACGUUGCCCUGGUGAACCCUAGCCUUCCCACUUGGGCUGACCGCGUGGCGCCACCUGCCGCUGCUGAUGUUAGCGGGAAAUACAGCGACCUACCAGUUGUCCGUCGCCAGCAUCAGGGGCGUCUUCCGGUCAAGUCCACCUCUAUGGUUCUCAAUGGAACGCAGAGACGUCCAUUUCGCUUCAAGGUCCAUCCGGUGUCACGGCUGUGCAGCAAAAGAACGGGUUCCGACGAUGACGAUGACGAUGCCUACGUUGCUGCUUACAACCAUCACACUUCGCAAGUCAAUCUCAGAUCCCUGAAGGAGAAGCUGUCAAGCAGCCGCCUCGUACGCUCCAUCUCUAGCGGGAACUACGGCAUCGCCAGCAGCGGCGGCGGCGCUAUGUCCGCUGACCGAACGGACGAGCUGCGCAAGCUGCUCGAGGAGUCCCCGAGGCUUCCGCCAGCCUCGCUCCAGAAGUCGCAAAGCUCGGAGGCUGUCCUCGAGCCGUCCGACUCCGAGUCUUCGACGCCGCAGCACCGCAUCGUGUCCAUCCGGCCUUUGUCGGAAAUCCUUCCCAAGAACUUCCCUUCGAUCCUGCCCGAGAGGCUGAGCCCCCCGCCACACAAUCACCGGUCCAGGAGGAUCACCGCUUCCAGGAGUCUCAACUUCGCUUCUGCCACCCCUGCAGGCGCCACAAACCCUAGCACAAGUUGCUGCUGCUCUCCGACUUCCUCGUCCGACGCUGACACGGCCCAUAGUCCCUGCGAGAACGCGCAGGAUAACAACACGUAUCCCCAGUCUGACACGACACAGCAGGCGAACGACCGGCGCGACCUCCUCAUCGACCUGUCCCGGAGCGACGACGCUGAGGAACCGCGUGGGGGACGUUUCACCAGCCGCUAUACCUCUUACUCCACCCUAUCGGAGCUCACUUCCCAAACAGCGACACCCAUCAUGGACCUACCACACAGCGUGUCCCACUGCUCAGGCUACUACUCAUUCGCCGAGGACGACCCAGAGCUUCAAAGAGACAUCGUCAACUUCCUGUCGGGAAAUGGCCCUCGAUCACGACCGGUGUCCUAUGCCGCUGGAGGUGCACUGGAACUCAAGACAUUCUACAGCGCUGCAGCCCAACCAGGGAUACAAGUCAUGAAAGAGAGGGCAAGGUCUUGGGACAGGGUGUCUCAGAGGACGCCGGCUGCAGCGCGAGGCGUCAGUCAUCCUCGCAUGGCUAUCCAGUCGAUCAAGGAGGAAAGCUGCCAAGGAACCCCCGUGCGUGGGAAAUGGCCGCAGACCAUGAGUCCGAACAGGGCAAAGAUUGAACAGCACCAUUGGCAGCUCUGCCUUUACGUCUUUGGUGGCAGAGAACAAGGAGCUCCUGGACUGUACAGACAACCCAUGUCCAUCUGGCAGCUCUACAUAUGAGGAGCAAAUCAUAGUACUCAGCGCGGACAUUCAAAUAUUUCGUCAUGAUUCGUUCGCCGUGACUUUCGCAAGUUCGUCCAAUAUGACUUUGUGUGUCCAUCUUCACCUUGCAAUGCUCUGCAUUCGUUUCUCGUAUCUGAACAGCAUUGAACUAAUGUGCAACCGUAGAGUACAUCUGCUUACGUGUAGUGAAGUGCUAAUCAUAGUUAACAACAACGCUUACAUCUGAUGCAAAUCUUUUACGUGAAAGGCAUCCGUCUUGGCCACUGUGGAAUGCGAACUAGGAAUCAGGCAACUUCAAGGUCUUUGGCAGCUUCCGAAGGCCAUGUUUACUUGCGCACCUGCGCAAUGCUUUAUGACAGAAAUGGUUGGAUUUGGCAACAAGGCUGUGUGCACUUCGAGAAGUCUGAAGAAGUACAAGCCUGAAGCUCCAAGCCAGUGCUACAUAUUGCAAUACGACCAGUGCAGUGCUGAUACCAGUUUCUCGCUAUCUCACAACGAUCGAACAGGCCGUGUUUCUGAUGCAUGCCAAGUUUCACUUUAUGCAUAGUACAUGUGUUAUCAUCUCCAAUGCAUGCCAAACGACAUGAUUGUGGUCUACGAGAUGUUCAAGUGCUGUGUGAUUAGCGUUGAUAAGUUCUAAAACGAGGCAAUUGCAUUUCCUGCAAAUGACAAGGGGUAGGCUACAGUGAUAUUUACUUUCGACCAGCCGAAGAUUGCUCCGAUGAAGUUUUGUAAUGUGCACGCCACGUACAUGUCGCGUUACAGCAGCCAUACUGGUGUCUGGAUCUUUCAAUAGACGAGUUCAGAAAAUCCCAGAGUGCUUAGCGUCGCAUUGAACUGUGGGAGUUUACUAAUACGAAAGAAACGGGUGGCCUCCAAACUGGACCGAUUUCUUCCAUACCGGUCCAUUGUCCACGACGUGUCAAGGUCAGCGAAAGCGAAAUGUGACGGAUUAUAUUCUUCGUUCCCCCGCUCAGCAAGCGCCCAGGACGCAAUGCGUGCGCAAAGAGCACUGGGGUUUUCUGAACUCGUCUAUUGGCGAUCAUCCCAUAAGAGCAGCAGCGUUUCUUAUACCCCUGUCACACGGGCAUUUUCGAUCCUGCUCGACCGAACCUGCUUGAACCCAAUGCGGAUCGGAUGGUGCUACACGGCCGCUUCCAAGCAGGAUUGAACUUUGAUCCUGCUUGACUCAAGACAGUUCCCAUAACAGGAUUGAGAAUUUCAAGACUGCUCGACGGCCGCCAUUUGCAUCCUCGACCCCGGUGAACUGUCAUAACUUAGGACGGACAUGCGCGCGAAGCUACAAAUGAUGCUUACAUCGGUAUACGAUAAAUUACCACUAAUAUCGCUGUUAUAUAGGAAACGCGAAAUUAAUGAGUCCCGUUUAUUCAUUUGCACAAGUCAACCAUUCAAUGCGCAUUGAAAGUGGCCGUGUAGCAGCGUCAAAACUCGAGCGUGCUCGGGAAGUUCGAUGCAGAUCGGAUUCGAGAAGGAUCGAAAUGCCCGUGUGACAGGGGUAUUAGAAAAUAAUGACUCGAGGCAGCGAUAUAGGUGCAAGCACACUUUUACACACUUCCGAGAAUUACGGGAGUCUCCUUGUGCAUUUAGUGGUGGCCAGGAAGUGGACGUGGUUCAUCUUUGCUGAAUUGUUGCGCAAACAAUGCACAAAGUUGCCAGAAAACUUGUGCACCUCUAGCAGCAAAGCUAUCACUGCCAUGAAGAAGCCAGAGUGUGUUCUUACGUUUGUUAUUCCUGUAUGAAAACGCUGUCCAGGCAACACCCACAUAGAUAUUGCUGCCAUUUUCCCCACAUCUUAUCUGUGUAGAUCUAUCGUGGGCAGGUUAGGGAGUAAGCCUUCAGAAGUCAUGGUAUAUUCGUUUCUGCCCUGCACUGCAGUACAUUCAGGCGUCGGAGAUUAGCUUGUCCUCUCAUGGAGCCUCCAGGUAUUCUCAACCCUGCUAGUAUUGUGAACAGAAUGUACCCACAAAACUCAAGUUUAGCUUACUUGGAACACAGCGUUUGCUGGCAAUCACAGAUCACAUACCUCUUGAACCUGUCCGAGAAAAACAUACGCGGUCAAAAGAAUCGUUCGCGUGCAACCAAUGAUGUCCAAAUGCUGUCUUUUUUUUACACCGCUGUCGCACGUGCAGUCUUCAAUGAUCAUUGGAACCGAAGGCCUUUGAAACCAAUGGACAUCGAACACGCGCGGAGCGCCACCAAUCGUAUAAUGUGUCAACCUGUCAAGGAGCAUUGGAUCUAAUGCUCUUCGAGAAGAUGACACGCAACGCACUAGGUGGCGCUACGCGUAUGUACCAUGGCCAUUGAUUUGAAUGAUAAUUGGAGGCUGGCCGUGUGCCAGGGGUAUUAGUCUGUCGCAGGGGUCGACAAUGAGAGAUAAUAAUGGAAACGACAGAGUGCGAGAGAUGGAGCUAGUCUAAUAAUCGAAGGGAAGAAAACACGUGAAGGACUGUAUUCCUACGACACCGUUUUCGGGCUAGUUAGUUUCCUUUCAGCUCGGUGUAGUAGCUUUGUACAGAUCCUAUAGGCCGACAAAUAAUGUGCAAUAGUGAAUAUUUGUAGCCACUUGUGUUUUUCUGCGACGAAUCCGCUAUGCUGUUUUCAUUUCACAAUGUAUCCGUCGUGCUACUUUCCUUUAGAAUGAUAACGUUAGACGCAUCACACCGAUGUAAGCCACAUCUGUAAGCAGAGCACUCCGUGGCAUAAAGAGAGCGAAUAAUCGGCAGAAACGGGCUUCUUUUGAUUGGCGUCAGCAACUUUAAUAGUUUGAAACGCACCGGCUUUCAACAAACAUAACAAAAUACAGUUAACGUUUUGGGUCCCAUCAUCAGAAUGAUGACGUCAGCAAGGACGUCAAGAGGACAUAGAGGGCAUACUGAUGUCAUAGAGGACACCAGAUCCGGGUUGGGGCGAAAAAUCUUACUGGGAGAAACAUCUCUGAUCAGCCCUCAGCUUGACUUUCCGGGGUCAGGGAUGGGAGCUUACGUAUACUGUGUAUGGCGCGUAGAAAGAACAACAUUGUCCGUAACUGUGCUGAGCGGCCCCACAAGAACCUUCGUGGUAACGCCUACGGCCAGGUUGGCCCUGGAGGAAGCUGUACUUGCACUGUUCAGGAGAACAUGCUGAUGAACUUUGGUUCGAAGAAUGUUCUAAUAUAUUUCUCCUCGGCACAAAAGCAACGCGGCAACGAAGUAAGAAGCCUGUGGCCAGAGCAUCAAAUCGAAUUUUUUUCCCGUUCGGUUCGGGUCCAAGCAUAAUGGUUCGGUUUGGGUUCAGCUCUAGGAGAGCACACAUAUCGGUUCCGAACCGGUUCAUUGCACAAGGUAUAUGCCCUAAAAUAAACGGCACGAAAGUUCCGAAAGCAUUAUUUCUCUUCGCAUGUCCUAGCUGGCCGCAAAGCUGUGACAGGAACGCUAGUCCACAGGAAAACGAAACUAUAGAGCGCGGUUGUCCGACGUUGUCUUCAUCGAUGCGGGCGUCCAGCUAUGCAUUUCCACUUGUAUUGAAGACUCGGGUUGCAAAAAAUGUCGCAUGAACCAGUCACUUUUGGAACAGGUUGGGGGCGAUUAAGGUAGGUAGGAUGAAAAACGGCCAAUCUCGAACUCUCGGUGGUUUGAAACCGGACUCUUAGAAAUGAACUUCACCGCAUAGCACGCU